CUCAGACUCAAUCGACUGGUUCGACACACUCCUCCAUUUUCACUUCUGUCUUCUUCUCUACAUUCCACCCUGAUCACUCUGUCGCAAUGUUCAUCAAAAACAGCCUCAUCCUCUCCCUCGCCACCAGCGCGCUGGCCGCGCACGGCGCCCGCUCUCACGCCAACAAAAUGACAAAGCGGUACACCUUCCCCCUCCCCGAGUCCCAGGGCAGCGUGACCCUCGACGAGACUUACGAGGUCUCUGGCGAGACCUUUGACGGAGGCAUGAAGACGUACGGCCGUGGCGUUUCCUGCACAGGUCAAUCCGAGGGCGGCGACUCCGACGCUGUCUUCAUUGUCAAGGACGGUGGCACCCUCAAGAACGUCAUCAUCGGCUCUGACCAGAUUGAGGGUGUGCACUGCGAGGGAUCGUGUACGAUUGAGAAUGUUUGGUGGGAGGCUGUUUGCGAGGACGCCCUCUCUCUUAAAAAGGGCGACGGUCCCUUCAACGUCGUCGGCGGCGGAGCCCAGGGCGCCGAGGACAAGGUUAUCCAGCACAACGGUGGCGGCACCGUGACUGUCUCCGACUUUACCGUCUACGACUUUGGCAAGCUGUACCGCUCCUGCGGAAACUGCGACUCCAUGUACGAGCGCCACAUUGUCAUCGAGGGUGUUACCGCUGUCGAUGGCAAGUACCUGGUUGGUAUCAACAGCAACUACGGCGACACUGCCACGAUUGACAGCGCGACUUGCGCUACGGAUGUCAAGACUAUCUGUGCGGAGUACAAGGGGACUGAUGAUAAUGAUGAGGAGCCCGAGGAGAUUGGCGAUGGUCCUAGCGACUACUGCAUCUACUCCGACCCCCUUCCCGAGUGCUAA